UUUUUUGGUGUUACUGAAGUCGCUAAUUUUUUUUACUUCAAUUAAAUUUUUAUAUUAGUCAGCUAAACAAUCAAAAAGCAACCGGUCAAAGAUGGUUCGAAAAUUUUUCGUCGGUGGUAAUUGGAAAAUGAAUGGAUCUCGUGCGACCAACGAAGAUCUCAUAAAAACAUUGUCAAACGGACCGUUAGAUCCGAAUACUGAUGUUGUCGUCGGUGUACCAAGCAUCUAUAUGGCCGAAGUUCGACAAAAAUUGCCAAAGACUAUCGGUGUUGCUGCACAAAAUUGUUAUAAAGUACCUAAAGGUGCUUUCACUGGCGAAAUAAGUCCAGCCAUGAUCAAAGAUGUUGGAGCAGAAUGGGUCAUUCUUGGUCACAGUGAACGUCGAAAUGUUUUUGGUGAAAGUGAUCAGUUGAUUGGUGAAAAAGUUGAACACGCUCUUCAAGAAGGAUUGCAUGUAAUCGCUUGUAUUGGUGAACUUCUCGAGGAAAGGGAAGCCGGAAAGACGACUGAAGUUGUAUUCCGUCAAACACAAGUUAUUUCAAAACAUGUCAAGGAUUGGUCUAAAGUAGUGCUUGCAUAUGAACCGGUUUGGGCCAUUGGUACUGGUAAAACAGCCAGUCCACAACAAGCACAAGAAGUUCAUCAAAAACUUCGACAAUGGUUUUCUGAAAAUGUUUCACCACAAAUUGCCGAAACAAUUCGAAUCAUUUAUGGUGGUUCAGUAACGGCAAAUAAUGCCAAAGAAUUGGCAUCACAAGCAGAUGUUGAUGGUUUUCUUGUUGGUGGUGCAUCAUUGAAACCGGAAUUUGUCCAAAUUGUUAACGCUCGUCAAUAAUUUAUAAAAAUUCAAUUUUUUCAUAUCCAAUAAUCCAUUGAAAUCGAUUAUUAAGAAUUAUUAAUAAAAAUCCACUUUUAGUUUA